CAGCCUUAGGUAACAGGAAGUGUGUCUACUCACUGCUUUGCUUUCUAUACGAAUCAAUCAGUGUGUAGUGUAGCGCAUAAGAAACAUGGCCGAGCACGUGACUUAAGGUCACCAUCAUGGUUUAUGGAUUCAUUAUUCACACAGUGGGCGCCAGCCCUGGUGGCAAUGACAAUAUAUGUAGAGUUCUGCACUCCAAAAUAUUCAGCUGUGAUAUCCUGGAUGAGAAGCUGAGAGCUGAAGAACAGUAUCUGGAGAGGGAGAGAUUAAAAAGGAAGGAGCAGAUAGCUGUGGUGGCAAGGCAGACAGAGUCUAUGUGUCUGCAGAUGCGCCAGGCUUCUGGCCGGCCGGCGAGUGACUUUGUUGUCCAUGCAGUGGAUGAGGCCAUAACUUUACAUGAGGAGGACGUUGGCGUUUACAGCCUGGCUCCUGGAGACCCCUUCAGUGAAGAGAAGAUUGUCCUGUGGGUGGGAGUCUUCUCGCUUGGCUUCUCUAUGAUCUGCGAUGCACAAGAUAACCUGACUCUAGCUGAAAGCAGCUUGCGGCUGGUUGUGAAGUAUCUGAUUGACUCGCUGAAGCUUCUCACACACAGCAGUAACGUUGUGCUAAAAGCAGACAAGAUUGAAAUGACUCUCAACAAGUUUAUGCCCCAUGGGCAGCUGCUUUUCCUUAAUCACCAAGCUGUACAGACGCUAGAGAAAGAGCUGAGCAGUGGUAUGAUCUACUAGCUUAAAUCAAAUACAGAGCUGGGUAUGGAACAUAAAGAGGCAGUAAACCUUGAGAUUUAAUAUAAACUAUUUAGUUAUGUGUAGCAUUAUGUAUUUUGCACCAUUUUCAUGUAAUUUAAAGGGAUAUACAACCCAAACUUUUUCUUUCAUGAUUCAGAUAGAGCAUGUCAUUUUAAGCAACAUUCUAAUUUACUCCUAUUAUCAUUUUUUUUUGUUCUCUUGGUAUCUUUAUCUGAAAAAGCAGGCAUGUAAGAUUAGGAGUUACAUUUAGCCACCAGUCAGCAAUCGCUACCCAGGUGCUGAACCAAACAUGGGCAGCCUCCUAAGCUUACAUUCCUGCUUUUUAAAUAAAGAUACCAAGAGAACAAAUCAAAAUUGAUAAUAGGAGUAAAUUUGAAAGAUGAUUAAAACUGCUGCUCUAUAUCUCGCUGGUUUUCAAACCUGUCCUCCGGCCUCUCUAACAGGGCACAUUUUGAGGACAAAAACUAAAGCACAGGUGAAAUAAUCAGUUGAUUAGAAAACCUGGUUAUUUGACCUGCUCUAAUCCAAGGUAAUCCUGAAAACCUGGCCUGUUGGGGAGGCCUGGGGACCGGUUUGAAAACCAGUGCUCUAUCUGAAUCAUGAUAAAAUGUGGUUUCAUGUCCCUUUAUCUCUGAAAAUGAUAUCUGUUUUUUUGUUGUUAGAAGUGGAAAUGCACCCUGAUGAGUUUUCAAGGCUAACUCCGCUGUAUAUUUUUCCAUAAAUGGCUUUUACUGAUAACAGCUGAAAAACAUUUUUCAUUUAUACUUCAUGACUGUGACCAUCCUUAUCGUCAGCAGACUAAAGCCCAAAUACGACAAAUGGAGGUGAGGGGUGUAGCUUGGCUAUCGACAAUCAAUAGCAGUUAAACUGAUAUUAUUUGUUUUAAAACAUUUAGACUUGGCUGACAUUUUAUUCUAUAGCAAAAUAACAGUAAUGCCUCAUAAUUGCAAGGUGUUUACUGUCCCUUAAAGGAAUACUUAACCCACUUUUUUUUCUUUAAUGAUUCAGAUAGACCAUGCAAUCUUUAUUUAAACAAGCAGGAAUUUCAAGCUUAGGAGCCAGCCUAUUUUAGGUUCAGCAUCCUGGAUAGCCCUUGCUUAUUGGUGGCUACAUUUACCAAACCAAUAAGCAAGCAUAACCCAGGUUCUGAACUAAAUAUUGGCCAGCUCCUAAGCUUACAUACAUUCCUGCUUUUGAAAUAAAGAUAUCAAGAGAAUGAAGAAAAAUUGAUAAUAGGAGUCAAUUAGAAAGGUGUUUAAAAUUGCUGCUCUAGCUGAAUCAUGAAAGAGAAAAUUUGGGUUUAGUGUCCCUUUAAACCGGAUCAGAAUUACCCAAUAGCUGUAAUGUAUUUCAUCUAUUGAUUCAUUAUUACUUGACUUAGCUUGCACAAAGGAUGGCUUUAUUGUUUAAAGGGACACUGAACCCAAAAUUUUUCUUUUGUGAUUCAGAUAGACCAUGCAAUUUUAAGCAACUUUCUAAUUUACUCCUAUUAUCAAUUUUUUUUUCAUUCUCUUGGUAUGUUUAUUUAAAAAGCAAGAAUGUAAGUUUAGAUGCCGGCCCAUUUUUGGUGAACAACCUGGGUUGUCCUUGCUGAUUGGACUGCACCAAUAAAUGAGUGCUGUCCAUGGUACUGAACCAAACAUUUGCUGGCUCCUUAGCUUAGAUGCCUUCUUUUUCAAAUAAAGAUAGCAAGAGAACGAAGAAAAUUGAUAAUAGAAGUAAAUUAAAAAGUUGCUUAAAAUUGCAUGCUCUAUCUGAAUCAUGAAAGAAAAAAAUAUGGGUUCAGUAUCCCUUUAAGGGGAUAUGAAAUAGUGCUCCUUUAGUAAAACAAAUAUGCUAAACCAAAGAAACAUAAAAACAAAUUGUGUAAAAAAACAGCAAACAA